GGAGGAGCCCGGGCGGUGUUUCCUGGCGGGGGCCAGCGCGGCGUGGGCAGGUCGGUGAGAACUUCGCCGCAGUCCGCCCGGGGCGGAGGCGCUCCCGUGUCCGGGAAGAGGCCGGCCGCGGCUCCCGCCGCCCGGCUCGGUAUGGCCGGCCGCUUCGGCCGCGGGAUGUGCUGGGGCAAGCGGGGCCGGGGCUGCCGGGGCGGGGGCGCGCUGCUGGCCCUGGGGCUGCUGGCCGCCCUCGGCUUCCUCGCCUGGCGGCACGGCCCGCCGCCCCGCCACGCCGCCCGCCGCGCCCCGCCGCUGCUUCCCGCCGACAGCGAGUUGCUGCGGAAGCCGGUGUACGCCAAACCGGCCCCGGAGCCGGGGUCGCUGGGCGAGCUGGGCCGGGCGGUGCGGCUGGAGCUGAGCCCGGCCGAGAAGCGGCGGCAGGAGGAGAGCAUCCGCCGGCACCAGAUCAACAUCUACCUGAGCGACCGCAUCUCCCUGCACCGCCGCCUGCCCGAGCGCUGGCACCCGCUUGGAGUCACAGAGGAGAACCAGAAAACUGUGUGCUGGUGCAGAGAGAAGAAGUAUGAUUAUUACAGCCUGCCCAAAACCUCCGUAGUGAUAGCUUUUUAUAACGAGGCUUGGUCAACGCUUCUGCGAACUGUUCACAGUGUUCUUGAGACGUCUCCAGAUAUACUUUUGGAAGAAAUCAUCCUUGUAGAUGAUUACAGUGACAAAGAACAUCUAAAGGAAACUUUGGAAAAUUACGUGGCUGGUUUACGCAAGGUGCGUCUUAUCCGCGCGAACAAGCGAGAGGGGCUGGUUCGAGCCCGGCUGCUGGGGGCAUCUGUGGCCAAAGGGGACAUCCUGACGUUCCUGGACUGCCACUGCGAAUGCCACGAGGGCUGGCUGGAGCCGCUGUUGGCAAGGAUUGCAGAAGAAGAAUCAGCUGUCGUCUGCCCUGUUAUUGAUGUUAUUGACUGGAAUACAUUUGAGUACUUGGGAAAUGCCGGCGAGCCACAGAUCGGUGGAUUUGACUGGAGGCUGGUCUUCACUUGGCAUACGAUUCCUGAAAGAGAACAAAAACGGAGGAAGUCCAAGACCGACGUGAUCAGGUCUCCGACCAUGGCAGGUGGACUGUUUUCUGUGAGCAAGAAGUAUUUUGAUUACCUUGGUUCUUAUGACACAGGAAUGGAAGUCUGGGGAGGAGAAAACCUUGAAUUCUCAUUUAGGAUAUGGCAGUGUGGAGGAAGUCUUGAGAUCCACCCAUGCUCACAUGUUGGUCACGUUUUCCCCAAACAAGCUCCAUACUCACGGUCCAAAGCUUUGGCAAAUAGCGUGCGUGCAGCUGAAGUGUGGAUGGAUGAAUAUAAAGAACUUUAUUAUCACCGAAACCCCCACGCUCGCCUGGAACCAUAUGGAGAUGUGACAGAAAGGAGACUCCUUCGAGAGAAGCUGAAAUGCAAGGACUUCAAAUGGUUCUUAGAGAACGUGUACCCAGAGCUUCAUGUACCCGAGGACAGACCGGGCUUCUUUGGAAUGCUGAAGAGUAGAGGAAUGGCAAACUUCUGUUUUGAUUAUAACCCUACAAAUGAACAUAAGAUAACCGGACAAAGGGUCAUACUGUACCCAUGUCAUGGCAUGGGACAAAAUCAGUUUUUCGAGUACACAUCCCAUAAUGAGAUACGUUACAACACCCGACAGCCAGAAAUCUGUGCAGCAGUCGAUUCAGGGACCGACUACUUGACAAUGUACUUGUGUCAAGAAAAUGUCCACAGUAUUCCUGAAAACCAGAAGUUUGUUUUCAGAGAGGACGGUACCUUGUUUCAUCUACAAACCCAGAAGUGCGUACAAGCCCAGUCAAAUGCUCACAAUGGUAACCCAGCACCAUUAUUACGACCGUGUACUAACUCGGACUACCAAAAAUGGUUCUUCAAAGAAAGAAGUUGAUCCAGAUGUCAUCUAGGAUAUAGCUGAAUAUGAAGAUGUUCUCUUUCUAGUCAGCAGUUAGUCAUCCUUUUGAAAAUCAUCACCUAAGUGAUAUAUUUUUGUAUGGAAAGAACUGUAAUUAGUUUACAAGCCCUGAAUUUUGUUUUCUGGAGCAUUAAAAGGAGCUAAGCAUUGAGAGCCACAUAAAGUAAGUGGUGUGGUUAUAUCAUGCCCCAGACUCUGCUCCUCUUCUCUUUAUUUGGCAGCUACAUAACUGCUUCUGAAGUGUCUUAGGUUCUUUUCACAAGUGACAAUAUAUAUAUAUUUUUUUUAAUCUGCUGUGUGAAAGUAAGGCAGUCAAAAUAAUUGCACUAAUGUUACCUGCUAAUGACUUAAGAUGUUUAUUUUUCUACUAAAACAUUCUGCAGUUGGGCCUUUUAACGGAUACUAGUUAAUAAUUCUUCUUGUCUUUUAAAUACCAAGAAGGUGAAUGUAGGCCACAUUCUGCCCCAAGUGACUACCACAAAACCCUCGCUGAAGACGGUGCGGAUUUGCACAUGAAGGCAGAGUAGGUCUGCAUGGUUUUGCACAAAUAACGAUCUAGAUGCAUACAGAUUGCACAUGCUUGACAAUGCUAUACAUAAAACGUUGUGACAAUUUUAGAUGCUCAUGGCACUUGCCAAAUUUCUAAUCACGCUUAAGUCUGGUUUUGGAGUAAAAUGGGGAUUUUCUCAUUUUUCUUAAAGAAACAAUAUUUAAAGGUGAUGCUCUGGGAAAAACUAUUUGGAUUCACAUGGAUCUAGCUAUGCAGCUGUGUCACAGACUGCAUGACUGACUUUAACAUUAUGUGGAUUUUCAAUGUGCAUCAAACUUUCAAGAUCAGACCUAGCAAUAAUUCUUUUGACAAAUUUCGAAAUUACCGCUAGAAAAAACCUAAUCUAAGAAAUCAUAUCUUUCAUUAAAUUGUGUUUAAAUGUUUCAUAUAAAAAUUAUUAUAUGAACAAAAAUGGUUUUGCAACUAAUUGAUAUGCUAUGCAGCUGAUAUUAAUACAAAAAGAAUUGUCUUUCAGAUAUAACUUGCAUUUUGUCUAGGAGCUCCUUUUCUGAUAAGUUGGUUGUGUAAACACAUAGAGUCCUAUUGAAAGCAUGGGGUUUGAUCUGCACUGGUACAAGAUGUUUUCUGCUGUGGUGUGUGAGAUCUGCCUUACCCAGCCAGACAAGUAGCGUGUAUAGCAAUAUAUUUGGUCGUUGACCACCAUCAUUACAAUGUUGAUUAAAAUGGUUUCAGCUCAUAAGGAAAGUUUCUUUCUAUAUCAGCUGGAGGUGUGCUUAUGUGUAGAAGCAUGAAGAUUUCAACCUUUUUCCCCUCAGAAGUCUUGGCAUCUGUUUCAAUUAGUUUUGGAUGUAUUCUGCUAUUUGCCUUUGUUCAUGUUUUCUAUAAAUAAUGUACAGCCUUUUCUUUGAAUCCUCAUAAGCUCAUGCCAUUUUGGCAGACCUAUUUAUAUGAUUAGGGUGUGGGGGGAGGGGUUCCUGCCUGUAGGAGAUGUGUAUGUAGGUUCUUCCAAGGUCCUUCUAAACCCAUGUAGGUAGAAUGUUUUUGUGAGCACCUUUGAUGUUUUGUCUCUGUGGGCUGGACUGCUGAAAAUGAUGUUAGAAUUAAUAAAAUAUUUUGUGAUUCAGUAGAGUGGGAACUGUCUUUACAACUUCUUUUUUUUUUUCUUAUGGUCAGUGUUUUUCUUUAAGAGAUGAGAGAAAUGAUUAGGCUCUGAUCCCUAGAUGUGGCACUUGGGAGAAGACAGCUUUAUUUUACGGUUUCUCACAUUCCUUUUCCUGAACUCAGUAAUUCCUCUGUUCACCUGCUAGCAGCAGUGGUAUGCGCUUUGCAGAGCCACAAAUCAAAACUGAGUGGCUGCAUGAGAGAACUGUGAGAGAUCUGGCAACACAGCACGGUUUUUCUGUCCAUUUCUGCUUUGCCUUCUUGACUGUUUAAAUUAAUGAGAGCCCAACUAUUACAAUUGUAGACAAAACUCUCGUUGACCUCCCAUGGUCAAUGUAGUUUUCUUAGUUUUGAGACUUCAAGAUUUCAUCACCAGGUGGUGGUAUGCAAGUGAAACUUGGUAAUUAGAAAUUAUUUUCCAUAUGUCUUCCCACUCUGCACUUGUUUAGAGGGAAGUAUUGAUGUUUUGGGCUUCUGCUUACGUGCAGCUGAACUGUUUUCUCAUACACCAGCAAACCUGCUCGCCUGGGUUGAAUAUUUGCUAGGCAAACACACUUAUGUUGAGUUCAAAAGCAGACACUGAAUGAAGCAACGUCACCGGCUUGCUCCCGCUAUGUUGGACUGUUAGUCCAUCUACUUACCACUUUGCUCCUCGAGAUCCUUUUCUUCUUCUCAACCCACUGGACUUGUAUUAAUGUCUGGCUUCAGGUUUGGAGGGUGAAGGACUCCAUCAAGCGUCUGAGUAGCAAUGCACAUCUUCAAACUUCCUUUUGCAGGAGGUCAGGGCUACCUGCUGAGAAAUGGACUGUGGACUUCAGGCUUCUCCUCAGCAGAGAAGGGGCUGGAUGCCUCACAGAAAUGGAAAAAUUGGAGGACUUCUGUCGCAAAUCGAUACUUCAUCUGGUUCUGGCCUCCUAGGGCUCUCUUUGAAAGAGGGAGAGAGAGAGGAACAUUUUCCACAGGGUACAAAUCGAGAACCAGUAGGUCCCCCCUUUCUUGGUAUCCAUCUUCCUGUUAUACUUAGAGCCACGUGUUUCCUUUCCCUUUUGCCACUAACCAUGUGAAGCACCCAUAAAACCAAAACUUGCAACUCAAGCUUAUUGAUAACCUUAGAUUAAAAUAAUGGGAUGCUGACAGUGCAAACUGGGAAAUCCCAAGAGUCCUCCUUCCAUUUUGUACCAUCACUCCGUUCAAAACAAGAAAGUACGUUUUUUAAAUAUAGAGAGAUCGACUGAACAAACUGUCCUAAGAAGGUAUUGUCCCGGUGCCACAGUACGCUGUAUAAAAUUCUAGGGUAGAGAUGAUGAAAUCUGUCUUCCAAAUGGAUUUUAUUCCUUCCUCAUUGCCUAGCUGUGAAUACAACCCCUCCCAGGUUUACUGCCCAUUUUUAGACAUUAUACUGGAUCAGCGUGGUUCUGUGUUCUCCCAUGUUCCUUCUCUUCCCCUUGUCCGCUGUUCCUUGGGUAUCCCCAGGUACGGGGCAUAUUUGACACAGUUGAGGCGCAAAAGAUUAAGCCAGGAGAAGUACUUCACAAAACUGAACUGUGCAAAAUGUUUUCCCAGUUUUCCAUAUCUUGUGCCGAAUGCACCUCAUAAGGGGAAUAGAAAUA